GACAGAAAGGGGAAAAGGAGGGCCCGAGGGCGCCAGCAGCCAGCCGGUCACCGGGACCCGCAGAUGUACCCGGAGUUUUCUCCCUCAUUUCUCUGAACUUCCUGUCAGGAUGCUUUUCUCUGGUGGGCAGUACAGCCCUGUUGGCAGACCUGAAGAGGUUUUACUGAUAUACAAGAUAUUCCUUGUCAUCGUUUGUUUUCAUGUCAUUCUCGUUACAUCUCUCAAAGAAAAUGCUGGUAAUUCCAGUUUGUUAUCACCAUCUGAUGCUGCUUCAGAAGUAUUGUCGACUUUAAACAAAACAGAAAAAUCUAAAAUCACUAUAGUAAAAACCUUCAAUGCACCAGGAGUCAAAUCCCAGAGAAAUAUCUACAAUUUGUCAUCUAUUUGCAGUGACUCAGUGUUUUUUAGAGGCGAGAUAGUGUUUCAACAUGAUGAUGACCACAAUGUUACCCAGAAUCAAGAUAUAGUCAAUGGCACCUUCGCUGGAGUCCUGUCUCUAAGUGAACUGAAGCGAUCAGAGCUCAACAAAACUCUACAGACCUUAAGUGAGACUUACUUUAUAGUGUGUGCUACAGCAGAGGCCCAAAGCACGGUAAACUGUACAUUCACAAUAAAACUGAAUGAGACCCUGAAUGUGUGUGUCAUGAUGGUUACUUUCCAAAGUGUACAGAUUCGGCCAAUGGAGCAGUGCUGCUGUUCCCCCAGGACUCCCUGCCCUUCCUCACCAGAAGAGUUAGAAAAACUACAGUGUGAUCUGCAGGAACCCAUUUGUUUUGCUGAUCAACCGCAUGGUCCGUCGUUGUCGUCUUCCAGCAAGCCUGUGCCAGCUGUACCUCAGGCCACCGUUUUAUCCCACGUUGCUAGUGACUUCUCUUUAGUUGAACCCCUUGAUCAUGCCCUUAUGACCCCAACACCCUCUCUGGCACAAGAGAGUCGCCUUCCCUCUCCCCAGCCUACAAUGACUCUGGCUUCCAGUCCUGCCACUGACUUGUCUGUUCAACCUAUAGUGGCCUCUUCCUCUUUGCCUCAAACUGAUCUUUCCCACACCCUGUCACCUGUGCAGUCUUCCAUUCCCUCUCCUACCACACCAGCCCCAUCUGUUCCAGAAAAAGUGGCCACCAUCAGCACACCUCCUGGUGAGACAGUUGUCAACACGAGCAGUGUUUCUGAUGACCUGGAAGCCCAAGUAUCCCAAAUGGAGAAAGCUUUGUCUUUGGGCAGCUUAGAGCCUAAUCUUGCAGGCGAAAUGGUAAACCGAGUCAGCAAACUCCUGCACUCUCCACCUGCCUUGCUAGCCCCUCUAGCUCAAAGGUUGCUAAAAGUGGUAGAUGCCAUUGGCUUACAGCUGAAUUUUUCAUCUCCAACUAUCAGUCUAACAUCACCUUCUUUGGCUCUUGCUGUGAUUAGAGUGAAUGCCAGUAAUUUCAAUACAACGACCUUUGCCGCCCAAGACCCAGCAAAUCUCCAGGUUUCUCUGGAAACCCAGGCUCCUGAGAAUAGUAUUGGUGCCAUUACUCUGCCCUCAUCACUGAUGAGUAAUUUGCCAGCUAAUGAAGUAGAAUUGGCUUCAAGAGUUCAGUUCAAUUUCUUUGAAACCCCUGCCUUGUUUCAGGACCCCUCCCUGGAGAACCUCACUCUAAUAAGCUAUGUCAUAUCAUCAAGUGUCACAAACAUGACCAUCAAGAACUUGACAAGAAACGUGACAGUCGCACUGAAGCACAUCAACCCGAGUCAGGAUGACUUACCUGUGAAAUGUGUAUUCUGGGACUUGGGCAGAAAUGGUGGCAGAGGAGGUUGGUCAUCUGAUGGCUGUUCCGUCAAAGACAAGAGGAUGAAUGAAACUAUCUGUACCUGUAGCCACCUUACAAGUUUUGGCAUCCUAUUGGACCUAUCUCGGACAUCAUUACCACCAAGUCAAAUGAUGGCUCUGACAUUUAUCACAUACAUUGGCUGUGGGCUUUCAUCAAUUUUUCUGUCAGUUACUCUUGUAACCUACAUAGCAUUUGAAAAGAUCCGGAGAGAUUACCCUUCCAAAAUCCUCAUCCAGCUGUGUGCCGCCCUGCUUCUGCUCAACCUGGUCUUCCUCCUAGACUCCUGGAUUGCGCUGUAUAAUACCCGAGGUUUCUGCAUCUCCGUGGCUGUAUUUCUUCACUAUUUUCUCUUGGUCUCAUUCACAUGGAUGGGCUUAGAAGCAUUCCACAUGUACCUAGCACUGGUCAAGGUGUUUAAUACUUACAUCCGAAAGUACAUCCUUAAAUUCUGCAUCAUUGGCUGGGGGAUACCAGCUGUGGUUGUGUCCAUCGUCCUGACUAUAUCCCCAGAUAAUUAUGGGAUUGGAUCUUAUGGGAAAUUCCCCAGUGGCACACCAGAUGACUUUUGCUGGAUCAACAGCAAUGCAGUGUUCUAUAUCACGGUUGUGGGAUAUUUCUGUGUGAUAUUUCUACUGAAUGUCAGCAUGUUCAUUGUGGUCCUGGUUCAGCUCUGUCGAAUUAAAAAAAAGAAGCAACUGGGAGCCCAGCGCAAAACUAGUAUUCAAGACCUCAGGAGUAUUGCUGGCCUCACAUUUUUACUGGGAAUUACUUGGGGCUUUGCUUUCUUUGCCUGGGGACCAGUUAAUGUCACCUUCAUGUAUCUCUUUGCCAUCUUUAACACCUUACAAGGGUUUUUCAUAUUCAUCUUUUACUGUGCAGCAAAAGAGAAUGUCAGAAAACAGUGGAGGCGGUAUCUUUGUUGUGGAAAAUUACGGCUGGCUGAAAAUUCUGACUGGAGUAAAACUGCUACUAAUGGUUUAAAGAAGCAGACUGUAAACCAAGGAGUAUCCAGCUCUUCAAAUUCCUUACAGUCAAGCUGUAACUCCACUAACUCCACCACACUCCUAGUGAAUAGUGAUUGCUCAGUGCACGCAAGCGGGAAUGGCAAUGCAUCUACCGAGAGGAAUGGGGUUUCUUUCAGUGUUCAGAAUGGAGACGUGUGCCUUCAUGAUCUCACUGGGAAACAGCACAUGUUUAGUGACAAAGAGGAUGUCUGCAAUGGUAAAAGCCGGAUAGCCCUCAGAAGGACUUCAAAGCGGGGAAGCUUACACUUUAUUGAGCAAAUGUGAUUCGCUUCGUGUAAAAUCCAAGCAUGAUGUUGACGGUGUGAAGUGUUCAGUUUUCCUUUUACACAAUGUGAGAUGUAUGAACAUUGCUGGUUUUCUGCUCAGCAGCCUCGAAAGGAACAUAAGCUAAUUGAGGGUGACAUUUACUAUCAGAAGAAACCAUGACAUGAUUAUGGUUUCUAGACAUUUGCAGUUUGGUUUCUUAUCUCUCAUUGGCGAGGGGAUUGGUGUAAAAACCACAGAAUAAGAUCCAGGAAAAGAAAAAUGAAAGUUUAUUUCCAGUCACAUUUUAA